AUGACGCUCUCACUCCCAAAGAUCGGGAUCCUCUCAAUCGGGGAUAUGGGGAUGGGUAUCGCCAAAUUGCUUGUCUCCAAAGGCUUCUCGGUUGCCACAAAUGGCCAAGGUAGGAGCCCGACAACAAUCGCCAGAGCCCGCAGCGCCAACGUAGAGGUCCUGAGCUCCGACGUUCAUCUCGUCGAGUCGCGACCGUUCAUCCUCUCCGUCGCACCACCGCGAGACGCGCUCAGCAUCGCCCGACGCAUCAUCGACGCAGCAGCAACGACAAAGCUGGAGAAGCCGCUCUACUUCACCGACCUCAAUGCCGUCUCGCCAGCCACCUGCAAGGAGAUGAGCCAGAUGUUCAAAGAGGCCAACAGUCCCGUCCGCUUCGUCGACGGCUGCAUCAUCGGCGGCCCGCCGAAGCUCAAGGCCAAUAGCGGCGAUAACAACCAGUCAGCUGCGGAUCAAUGGUACGUCCCAAGCAUGCCGGCGUCCGGACAGUAUCCCCUUGGCGAAGCAUGCCCCGAGCUCGCAGAGGCAUUGAACAUGCGCCACAUCUCGCCCGAAGUCGGCGCAGCCAGCGGGUUGAAGAUGUGCUUCGCGACGACGACGAAAGGAUUUAUGGGCCUAGCAAUCCAAGCGUUCACCACAGCGUCCAAGCUCGGUGUCGUGGAUGAGCUGCGCAAGGAGAUGAGCGAGGCCGCGCCCGGCUUGCUCGAUUUUGCGGAGAAGUCGGUCCCCCUCGUGCCGCCCAAGUCCUACCGGUGGGUGCGGGAGAUGGAGGAGAUCUCUGACACUCACCGCGCUGAGGGCGGCUUUGAGGCUGACAACGAUGUGUUUCUUGGCAUGGCGGAGUUGUAUCAGGCCAUGGCGGAUGAUCCCGUCUUAGGUGCCGAGAAGGUUGGCGAGAGGAAACGGGGGACGACGAUCGACGAUCUGGCUGCUGCGCUGGGGGACGGCUUGGCCACCAGAAAGCAAGAUAAGUCUGAUUGA